UGUUUCAUUCUUCUAAACAACUGAAUGGUUCGUGUAUGAAUAUUUUUUGACAGAAAGAAAACGUUGCCCCCGGGAGAUAUCACAUGGAGACCAUGGUUAAAGCAUAGCUUCCUCUUCUUUUGCAUACCGUUUCUGUGCAGAAAAUACCGGAGAUUAAAGACAAGAAGACAUAAUGAAUAUUUCUGUGGAUCAUCAAGGCCCUCUUAUUCCAGAUAUUGCAGCGCUUGUCUUUUCGUUUCUGGACGUGUCAGAGAAGCAAACUGCCGCUCAAGUGUGCCGUUUGUGGUAUAAAGUGUCCUACCUUCCGUCGUUAUGGCGUGGGAUAACAAUAGUUCUACCUUUGGAAUGUUCCGUGGCGCUCGUCAAAAGUUUGAGCAAGCGAAGAAUAAGAAAGGUGAACUGUUCUAGAGCGAACAGUAAGGACUUGUCAAUUCUUUUUACUCAUCUGCCGGAAAUUACUCAUUUGAAUUUAGGCGGAUGCCCUCAGGUUAGCGAGGUGUUCCUCAAAUCUGAAAUUCCCAAAUUGCACCAACUGCAACAUCUUUCCUUCAGGAGAUGUGGACGGUUAUCGGACAGUGUCUUAGAAGCUUGUGGUCCACAACUCAAGAAGUUGAAAAGUUUCACUUUAGAAGAUUGCGACAACAUCACUGAGACUGGUUUCCAAGGUUUUAUCAAGCACUUAAGUGAACUGGAAGUGCUAGAUUUAACAUGGUGUGAAGGCCUCACCGAUGGAUGUCUCAAGACACUUGCACACUGCUGCCCUAAAGUGUCACAGCUUAGUUUACGGGGCUGUGACUGGGUUACUGUGCUUGGUAUCCGUUUUGUAGUGGAGAAUCUGAAAGACUUAUCUGUUCUUGAUUUUAAAUGGAGUCAUGGGAUAACUGAUGUUGCAGUUGAAUUAGUGGCGAAGAACCUGCCUUGUGUCACCUUUUUGGAUGUCAAGGAUUGUCCAUUUGUGACAAGUGAUGGUAUUGGCCAUGUGACAAAGCACUUGAAUAAAAUCAAACACUUGUCUUUUGGUGGUGGUGAUCACAUGCAUUUUGCAAACAAUGUUCAAGACAUUGAAAAUAUGUUCUUGGAUAUUUCCAAGCUAACAGAGCUGAGAUGUUUAGCAUUUGACUUCUGCGAUGGCAUCAGUGACUCUGCUAUACACACACUGAUAAAAAGCCUGCCAAAUUUGAAGGUGUUGGAUGUUGGGUAUGUGGAAACAAUCAGUGACAGCACUGCAGAUCUCAUUGGCUCCCACUUGCAGAAUCUUGAGUCAUUGUCACUCAGCAGUCAAAAGUUAGCAGACCGAGGAGUUGCAAUAAUUGCCAGCAAAUUGACUCAUUUGAAGACAUUGGACCUGAGACACUGCGAAAUAAGUAAUGAUGGCAUGGCACGGAUGGCUCCAUUUUUAAAGGAUUUGAAGUCUUUGAUAUUGUCAUCUCAUUCCAAACUCACAAAUGUGGGAGUGAAAUACAUUGCAAAUUUCAUGAAGAAUCUGACAAGUCUUGAUUUGAUGGAUUGUUGUGGAGUGACAAAUGCAGGUGUUGCAAUUCUUGCCUUCAACUUGACUCAAUUGCAGCAUUUGAAUUUGUCCUACUGCAGGCGUGUUUCAAACAAAGGUGUUUGUGAGGUGGGAAAAUACCUGAAGGAACUCAAGCAGCUGACAUUAGACCAGACCAAAGUAACAGAUCAAGGGUUUGUUUAUGUCAGCAGACAUUUGCCUAAGCUGGUAUCUCUUGGUGUUGAAGGAUGUAAAAUAACAGACAGAGGUCUAAUAAAGGCAUCUGAAUCUCUCUCAAACCUAGAAGAACUUGAUCUGGGUUCAAAUCUUAUCACUGAUGCAGGGAUCAAGCAAGCUGUUGGGCAUUUAAAAGGGUUGACAGACAUGAGUCUGACUGGUUGUAUGUCAAUCACUGAUGCUAGUAUUGAAAGUGUUUUGAAUGAACUGCCUUAUUUGACACAUCUUGGUAUUGAAGGCUGUCUUCGUGUCUCAGAGGAAGCUGUUGAGAGACUCAGAGAAACUGCAAAAUCAGCCAUUAGUUUCUUUUAAGUAAGAGGCAAGUCGGUGUGUGUUUGGCACUAUUAAAUGUCAUACCACAAAAUGACCAAUGACAUGUAACAGAAGGUUGAGUUUCCAUGAAUACUUGAAUAUUUUUCCUAGAUUUAAAGAAUUACUGUUGAUUAGGAAUAGGCUUAUUACUGUUAUUUUGAACUUUGUUGAAUGUAUCAUUGGAGUUGAAUUAGCAGCAUUUGGGUCAUGAGAAGUCAUGCCCUAAUUAGCAAAUAUUUGAUACUCAGUGCUAAUCAGUGUUGGAAAAACUGUGACCAGCAUUCUGCAUUAUGAUGGAAUUGUGAAGAGAUAAUGUUAUUUCAAAGCUGUGAACGCUAAAAAACAUAUUUGAUAGAACUAUAAGAAGCAGAUUUAAGAGAUACCUUACCAUUAAAUGAAAAACAGUGUGAAGAAUUAAAAGUAACU